AUAACGAAAAUGGACGAAGUCUUCAGCCUGCACAUGGAAAAGCUGGACGUCUAUGACGUUCUCCUUCUGGCUGGCAUACUCUCCGUAAUUAUUUUAAUUUGUAUUUAGUUCAAUUCCGUGUGCAAGCUGCUGGGGCCUGGACAAUAUAGCUCCAACAAUCAACGGAGCGUGUUGUUGUGAAAUUACAGCGCGAAUGAUGUUACCAAAGAGGAGACGGAAAACAUAUGGUUGCUCUUGAGCAGGUGUUGGAAAAUGCGCAGUCGCAGUAUUGCGCAUCGGACAAUAAGUUUACGGUAUUAUACAAUUAAAUAAAUUAAAUUAUGAACAAUA